ACUGCAGUCUGUGUAGUGAAGAAGGUUGUAGUUUAGAUACAGUACGUCACAAUGAGAAUGGUGGAGGGAAUGUAUGCUGGUGUGGGCAGCUUUAAACUGAGUAAGAUGGACACAGAGGAGAUGACAGUGGUCAUUUAUUUCAGUGAAGAUGCUGUUGGAGCUCAGGAUACCAGCACAGAAACACAGGACACCGAGACACAGACGGAGACGAGGACACAGCAAACUACAGACGUUAGAACAGGAAUCAGAUGUUCCAGACUGGCUGUGGUGUGUGUGGGGCUGCUGUGUGUUCUCCUGCUGACCACCAACAUAGUGCUGUACAUGUACUAUAUUAGAGACCAAACCAUCAUUGUAAACAUCACUGCAGGGAGAGAGACCCUCUUAUCCAGUAUCAGAAACCUGACUGAAGAAAGAGACCAGCUAAAGAGCAGCUACCAGAAUCUGACUGAGGACGAUCACAUCUUACAGACCAAAUAUGAUCAUUUAGUGAAGCUGAUUGAGAAAAGCUGGUUUAAAGAACUGAAGACUUUUGGAAGCAGCUUUUACUUUUUCUCCCCUGAGAAGAAGAGCUGGAGUGAGAGCAGACAGGACUGCAGAAAGGGAGGAGCAGAUCUGGUGAUCAUAAACAGCAGAGAGGAGCAGAUUCUGGAGGCCAAAUGA